AUGAAUCGUGUCUUCCUCAUGUUCGGGGAGCACAGCCGCGAGCUGAUCUCCCCAGAGAGCGGGCUCCGGCUUCUCAAGGUGCUCUGCGGCGAGAGGGAUUCGGCCGGUCACGACAUCCCUCAGAUCCUGAAGCACAGUGAGUUCGAGAUGGUGCUCAACGGCAACCCCCGCUCCAGGCUCAAGGUAGAGGACGGUGAUUUCUGCCUUCGCGCCAACCCCGACGGCGUCGACCUCAACAGGAACUGGGACGAGAAGUGGCUCACCCAGCCGAAGUCCGCGGAGACAAAUCCGGGACCCAAGCCUUUCAGUGAGCCCGAGACGCGCAUCUUCAGAAGCUUGGUCACGGAGUUCAAGCCCACCACAUUUGUGACCGUUCACAGUGGGACCCGCGGCCUGUACAUGCCCUACGCCUACGAUGAACACCUGGCCAGUCGAAACAAGGUCGACAUGCUCCGCAUCCUCAAGGAGCUUGACUCAUCCUACUGCGAGUGCCCGUUCGGCGCGGCGGGCAAGGAGGUCGGAUACGACUGCCCGGGCACAAGCCUGGACUGGGUCUACGACAAGAUGCAGACACCGUACUCGUUCGCUUUCGAGAUCUACGUCGGGGGCGAUGACGCCUCCCUCAAGCAGCGCUGGAAGGAGAAGGUGAGGACGGGCGGCGUCGCCCUCAUACAGCAGGGAGAGAACCUGGCCCAUCCCCACUUCAAAGACCUGUUCAUGCACCACGCCUCCGACUUUGUGCAGACGGCGUCGUCUGUCAAUGGUACUAGUUCGUCGCUCCUGGGGAUGGACGACUUGCAGUGCUUCAGCUUCUACAACCCCGACUCCAAGAAGCGGUGCCAGGAGGGCGGAAAACUGUACACUUCGCAAAACUGGGCCAUCGCUUACCUGGACCUGUCACAGAAGGUGGUCGACCACAUGCGAAGCAACAUGUCGGCGAUCUGA